AUGUUCUCCUUCCCUUCCUCCCUCUCCGUCGUCAAGGUCGCCAAGUUCAACAAGGCCUCCUUCAAGAUCAUCACCUCCUCCUCCCCUUCCUCCCCUCCUCCUCCCCCCAGCAAGUGCAACGGCCACCCCUGUGAGUUUGACGGCUUCGUGUUCAUCGACCGUCCCUUCCCCGUCCGUAGCCUUCCCCCUUCCCUCUUCCCCUCCCCCAAGACUGUCGCCUGGGCCGACCCCCAGUCGACUCUCUUUGCGGCCAAGAAGGUCGUCACUCGCGGUGCUGUCCGCCCCAACAAGGAUGUGAGCUUCUGCUCUAAGCAGGAGCUCCGCUCUAUCCUCAAGGGUAACGGCGGCCCCUACGGUGGCGGCUUUUUUGAAGCCUGCCUGGAGGACUCCCUUCCUGCUGCGUUCGUGUCCAACCUGGACAUGCUCGUGCGCGAGACUGGUGUCCUCAACGCGCUCGACGCGGCGGCGGUUCUCAGCGGUAUUGCCGAGGGCGUGAUGUUCCUGCACCAGCAGGGAUUCAAGCGUUCCGAGGUCAAGCCCGAGAACAUCUGGCUGCCCGGCCGCCAGUUUGGUUCUGCCAAGCUGGUUGACUUUGACGGUCCCGUGUCCAUGGGCCCUGGCUUCAACCGCUACGGCACCAUUUGGUUCGGUGAGCCCGAGUCGCUGGACGGCGCAGUCGGCCGCUGCGAGACCAACGACUGGCACGCCCUUGGCAUGUCGGUCCUCUGGGCUUGCUUCUCGGACUGCAAGGCGAGCCGCCUCAAGGUGGACGCAGUCCGAGCUCGCGUGUUCGAGCGUGGCAUCUACCCCGGUGAGAUGUUUGUCAGCGUGAGGAACUGUGCGCGUUCAAGGGCUCUUGGCCAGGGUUUGAUGUUCACCCUGAGCCAGUUGACCCGCGUCGUGCAACGGGACACCGACGCGGUCCUUCUCAAGGAGGUGCGUUUGCCCACGCUUCGCCCCCUGCCUCCUAGCGACUCGCCUCGCACCGGGUCUCGGGCGGGUCCAGAGAAGGCCAAGGUCGCUGCAAAGCGUUGCAGCAUUGUGCUCGCGAGUGUGGUGGCCGAGGUUGGAGGACUGUCGCUGGCCAAGGCAAGCAUUGCCGAGGUGACCGACGCCGCCUGCGCCGACAGGCUGGUCGAGGAGGAGUCGGUGCUCUCGAGCACCGACGAUGACAACUCGACCGCUGCUAGCGACGACGACUUCUCGGUUAUCGAGGAGCCCCGAGUCGCCAAGCAGCACGGCAAGAAGCUGACUGGCAUGGCUGCUGCUUGGAAGCGCAGCCUCAGGAAGCUUUGUCGACGCCGUGGUCUCUAG